UAGAGAUAUUUGUAUCAGUGGAUCCACAUUUCUCAAGCCUUGUGGCCUAUAUAAAGGGAUGACUCUAGAAUCUCUCAUUCACCACUCAUCACAAAUAACAAGAGAGAUAUAGAGAGAAAGGUAGCAUUUCUUUAAACAACACCAGGUUUUUGGAGAGGAAGAUAUUUGUAUCACUUAUCGUUAUCAGUUAAGGAAGAUGACUGGGAACAUGGCUGAUCACCUCACUCUUGCAUUUGGUCUUCUUGGUAAUGUCGUCUCGUUUAUGGUAUUUCUUGCACCAAUACCAACGUUUUAUAAAGUUUACAAAAGGAAAUCAACCGAAGGGUUUCAGUCGGCGCCAUAUGUUGUGGGCUUAUUCAGUGCCAUGCUUUGGAUAUACUAUGCAUUACUCAAGUCCAAUGUCAUGCUUCUCAUCACCAUUAACUCAGUUGGCUGUGUCAUCGAGACAUUGUACAUUUGUUUCUUUCUCUUCUAUGCACCAAAGAAGGCUCGGAUGGAGAGUAUGAAGCUAAUCAUAUUGCUAAUAGUUGUUGGGUUUGGAUUGAUUGUUGUCCUGACUCAGUUCCUUGCAAAUGGAGUUACCCGUGGCGUGAUAGUUGGAUGGAUUUGCCUAGUGUUUUCUUUGUGUGUUUUUGUAGCACCUUUGGGAGUUCUGCGACAAGUGAUUAAAACAAAAAGCGUAGAGUACAUGCCAAUUCUACUAUCAGUGGCGCUCACCCUCAGCGCUGUUAUGUGGUUCUUUUAUGGCCUUCUUCUUGGUGACUUUAAUAUUGCGAUCCCAAAUGUACUUGGAUUCACUUUUGGAAUCAUUCAAAUGAUACUAUACUUUGUGUACAAAAACAAAAAGCCAGUCAUUGAUGAUGAAAAAGUAUCUAGAUGUGAAGACAAGGUUGCGGAAUUGGCGGAGCAAAAACUCCCAGACUUUAGAGAUCAGAAAAUAAUUGACGUUGUAAAUCUGAAAACCUUGUUGCACGCUGACAUUCAUCCGGUGUUCCCACAAAAUGCACAUAAAGCUAAUCAUGCAGUUUUUGAACCACAAACUUUCCCUAAUGUGCCAAAUUGCACCAUUGAAGUUGGCGCAUGAAGCUUACAAAUGGAUAUGCAUUCAGAGUAAAACUAAAUUUGUUGGGCCUGAUCUUCCGGGAAAAAGUGUUUAAUAUGCAUGGUUUGGUGUUCUUAAUCUAAUACUUGCCUUCUCUAGGAAUAAGCACCCUUUGAUCUUGAGAUUUUGUACAGCUCAUGUAAACAUUGUAUUAAAUUAUUCCUAAUUUCCU